AUGUAUAACUAUAUAUUGUUUUUGGUUUGUUCGACGAGUUUAAUUGCGGCACAGAGUUUGCCUGAAGAAUUCAUCAAAUGCAAACAAGGUGACGACAAACUGAACGAGUGCUUAAAGCUUGCGGUACCUGACGCACUGAAGCGCAUGAAAAAAGGUAUCCAGUCACUUUCCGUGCCUCAGUUGGAGCCGCUGCUCGUGAACGCGAUUAACGUUGAUUCUGGUUCCGGACCGGUGGUCAUCACCCAGGACUACAGAAACAUCAAAUUAUAUGGACUGACCGACUCUGUGCUCACCUCCUAUAAAGCCGACCUGAAACAUUACAGACUCCGAACCGAAUCCAUUACUCCGAAGAUGGAGUUCAUAGCAGAUUAUAUAAUGAGAGGCAGAAUUUUAUUGCUUCCUAUCCAAGGAAAAGGUUUAGCGAACAUCACUAUGGUGAACUUAGUUGUAAAACACGACUUAAUAGGAGAACCAGUAGAAAAAGACGGGCAGCUUUUUAUGCACCUUCGCGACUACAAGGUGAAGUUCAUUCCAGAGCGAGUGUUGCUGAGCUUCACCAAUCUUUUCAACGGCGAUAAAGCUCUUGGAGAUAAUAUGAAUGCAUUCCUCAACGCAAACUCGGAUCUUGUGUUCAGUGAACUGAAAGACUCGUACGAGAAAGCACUAAGCACAGUUUUCAAGACUGUCUCCAACAAAAUCUUCGACAAAGUGCCAAUGAACAAAAUAUUUUUAAAGGAAUAA